UUCGGUUAAUCAACGUGCGCGCCGAUCAGUCCACCAUGAGCCGUUGAGCGGUUCGCGUUUUUUCAGUGUUUUUAUUUCUUCCUUUUCUCUUUAAUAUCUCCCUUUUGCUCGUGGACUCAUCGCUGUUCCCUGUUACUCAUUUGCGAAUCGAUCUCAAUCGUGGGCAUGUGUUGCGUGCAAUCCGUCUAAUUUUUCUGGAUAUACGUGAUAAACAGAACGUAUAGGGUGCCGGUGAAUAGGAACAUAUUAAAAAGCCGACAAUAUGAGAAACUCAACGUUAUUGAAAUGGGCACAGAAUUCAGCGAAUAGUAAAAACCAAACGAGCAAAAAUGGAACGAAUAGGAACUGGAUACACCCACCAGAUGCACUCCAAAAAGGUCACAUCGCCUACUUAGUCAAGUAUUUGGGCAGCACAGAAGUGGAUCAACCCAAAGGUAUUGAAGUUGUUAAAGAAGCCAUUUGUAAAUUGAAAUUUAAUCAACAAUUAAGGAAAAGUGAAGGUACGAAGACGCCAAAAGUGGAACUCACUAUAAGCAUUGAUGGUGUUGCCAUUCAAGAACCUAAAACGAAAACUUCGUCAAAACGGAUUAUGCACCAAUAUCCACUGCAUAGAAUAUCAUACUGUGCUGAUGAUAAAGGCGAAAAAAAAUUCUUCAGCUUUAUCGCAAAAGAAGAAGGUGCCGAGAGACAUACAUGUUUCGUCUUUGUUAGCGAUAAAUUAGCUGAAGAGAUCACGUUGACAAUUGGUCAAGCAUUUGAUUUAGCUUAUAGGCGAUUCUUAGAAACAUCUGGAAAAGAUUUAGAAACACAAAGGCGUUGCAUGAUAUUACAACAAAAAAUAAAACGAUUAGAACAUGAAAAUAAUGUAUAUCGUCAGCGGUUACAAGACAUAGCUGCUAUUAAAGGAUCGGCUGAUGUGUCAGCAUAUUUGUCACAACACAAUCUUCCGGAUAUCCUGCACGUGCCUGGGACUACAAAUGAAACAGUGCAAGUAAAUGGAUUGGGAAAUAAAUCUUCUCUUGGUUUAAACAAUGAUAGCAAUGGAAAUACUUCCAAUGGAUCUCAACAACCACCUCCAGUUCCUCCAAGAAGUUUUGAAAAAACGUUUGACGAUAAUUUUAUGGGAAAUGAACCUACUCCUACACCAUCAGUUGGUACCAAAUUGGAAGGACUUUUGAUGGAUGAAUUUGAGGAAGAUUUUAAUCCUAGAGCAUAUGAAAGUGCGAUCAAUGGCUUGGCGAAUCAUCAAACGAAUCAUAAUAAUCUUCUAAAUAGUCAAGUAUCUUCGAAUUCCAAUUUUUUCUCACAAAGCAAUGGUACUACAAGUCCUCCACCAUUAUUGGCUCCACCACCAAAAGCAAAGGAUUCAAGACGUCAAAAUGGAGUAAAAGAAGAUUUAUUUGGUAGCAUUCCUUUCAAUCCCACACCACCCGUAAAUACAAAAAAUGAAUUCAAUGAUCCAUUUGAAAUGGGUGAAUUCGGAGCUACAACAACUAUUUCUAAUCCUAGCCAACAAGAAUUAGAAAAUGCGAUUGGUCUCUUAGAUAAGAAAUUACUCGAAAUGAAGGAUGGUUUUAGUAGGGGCUUAUCAAUUGAUACUGACGAUUUCUCGUUGGAAAGUUUGGAUCCACUGCGAAAUUAAAUUAAAUGUUUUUUUUUAA